AUGCAACUCAUUAAAGAGGGCUCCUUCUGGGCAGUCAAAGACACCACCACUAUGGGUUCAUGGAUGUGGAAGAAACUUCUUAAAUACAGGGACAUGGCGAAGACCUUGUAUCGCAUGAAGAUUGGUAAUGGAGAACGUAUAUCUUUCUGGUAUGACUCCUGGAGUAACAAAGGCUGUUUGAUUGAUUUACUGGGUGAAAGAGGUUUUGUUGAUAUGGGAAUUUCGCAGCACAUGACUCUUGCGAUGGUUAUGGAUAGGCCAAGGAGAAGAAGAUACCGUCAAACUCAAUUACAGGGAAUUGAGGAAGAGAUCGUUUAUAUGAGAACUCAGCGUAAUACUCACUCGCCUGAUGAGCCUGAAUGGAGAAGGAAAAAUGGUCAUUACCAACGAAAUUUCAGCGCCAAAGAUACAGGGGACCAGAUCAGGAAAGCGAGGGCUAAAGUGAUGUGGCAUAAGGGAGUAUGGUUCUCCCAUGCGACUCCAAAGUACUCGUUUUUGACAUGGUUGGCCAUCAAAAAUCGCUUGACCACGGGAGACAGAAUGAUGAAUUGGAGCCAGAAUGUAGAUGCCCGCUGUGUCUUCUGCGGUGACCAAGUGGAGACAAGAGACCAUCUUUUCUUCACCUGCACUUAUACGAAGGUAGUGUGGAGGAAGCUAACGCAGGGCCUGUUGAAAGACAGAUUUACACUGCAAUGGAAUCAAGUGCUGGAUCAGAUCACACAGACUACUGCAGACAGGACCACUCUGGUCCUCCUCAGAUAUUCUUUUCAAACCGCAAUUCACUCCAUUUGGAGAGAAAGGAACAGUCGACGGCAUGGAGGAGAAUUAUUACCGACCGGAAGUCUAGUGAAGAUGAUUGAUAAAAAUGUUAGAAACCAGCUUUGCUCAAUAAGGAUGGCGGGAAGCUUGCACUACGAAGACGGCCUACAAAUUUGGUUCUCUACUAGAACCGUUUAA